AUUCCGUCGCUGAUCAUGAGCUUCCAUGAUUCAUCGUGGACCCAUUCUUUCAGAGAGGAUAGUCGUCGUUAGGGAAAAGUAACUAGGCGGCAGUAGACCAAGGAUGGAGAUGCCUUGUGUAUACAGACAGUGUCCUGGCUCUUGGAACUGUCGGCUGCAUAGAUCGGGGAAAGUAAUGCCAUCGGCUCUGUACGUCACGUGUCAUGGCACCAAACCUGUGAUAAAAAACGUUGCUGGACACUGCAUGUCGGGAGAAGUUCGUCCAUCAGCGAAGCAUAUUGCGAUAACCAGGAGCGAAUGGCGAACGAGCGAAGGCCAUCGCGAACCUGAGCCGGCGAAACCUAUGGAGCCGAGCAUUAUUAGAAGGCCGUGUGGCAACGAGCACGAAGAGCCUAUUGCAGUCCCUACUGAGGUAUAUGGCUCAUCAGACGCCUCUUUACGGCCUUCCACAGAUGGGCUAGUCGAACGAAACAUCAGGGUGAGAGACGGCAGAGACAGCAGAGACGGCAGGGACUGGCGGGGGAAGGUAGUAGGAGGCGAUAGGGUUAACGAUCUCGUGCGAAUCCAACACAGGAGAAAGGAAUGCUUAGUGAGGAAGCCCACCAAGCAGGGAAGGAAUGCGGUGUGGAAAGCGCGCGAGCGAUUGAAGAAGAAUUCAGCUGAUUCGGAUCGGCUUGUAACGGAGCGUAACGCCUGGAGAGCUAGUGAGAAUGCUUUAACGUUGUCAGAUCGGCGAUGGACGGCAGAUUCGGCGAGUACCCGACAAGAGAAAUCUGUUGCACAAGCGCCAGUGCGGGCUGUGAGAGGAGCGGAGGAACGGCACUUGGCAGAAUCAACAGAAUCUGUUCAUGUUACUGACAGUGAUAGUAACGCAGCUGCUCCUACCGGGGAGCGAGACUCUGCCGGGCAGCUGUUGCUGCCGAGUUCUGUUGGUGAAGCAAGAUUUCCCAAUGCAGAGAGACCUGGGGAGGAGGUCGGGAAGCCUAGAUGGAUAGAAAGGCGUAUUACUGUAGAUAGAUUUCCGAAACGAUCUAUGGCAGGUGCUGCAGGCCAGAUCAGCAGCAGCAGGCGCUGGGGGAGUGACACCGCGGCUGGCAUUGGAAGCAACAUGGUUGGGGGGAAGGGGCGAGGGAGAGGGGGAGCGAGAGAAAGGGCGGCGGCAGCAGCAGCAGAGAUCAGGGCACGGGGGUUGGCGAGAACAGCAGAGGUGGUUGAGUGUGUCGCACACCAUGACCUGGCGAUUGAUAAUCGGACUCUCAAUCUCCUGCUCGGGGUGAUGGUGGGAGGCAGAGCGGUAUCGGAUAGCGGAGAUGUUAUAAAGAAGCAGGGACAUGGCGGGGGAGCUGCAGAUCGGAAACCUCCAGCAGUACAUGGAGCGGAGAAGUCAGGGUUUAUGGGGGAGGAUAUCUACGAUGUCAUGCUGGGGGCGUGCGUGCAGUGUGUGGACUGGAAGGGCGCUCUUGCCAUCUACCACCACCUCUCAGCACAUGGUGCUGCUGCAGCAUCAGCAGGAGCGUCAACAACAGCAGCAUCAGGAGCAGCAGCAACAGCUCCCUCACAUGUGACAGCAGCAGCCCACCAGCAGCGCCAGCAUCAGCAGCGCCAGCAUCAGGAGCAUCAACAGCGCAUGCCGACCUCCCAUCAGUUUGGCCUGGUGCUGAGAGCAUGUGCCAGAGCGGGCAGGUGGCAACUCGCCCGGGAUUUACUGAUGGCUGCUGAUGUUGUCUUCGUUGCUGCCCUUGUUGCUGCUGAUGGUGGUGGUGGUGGUGCUCCUGGUGCUGCUACUUCUGCUUAUUCCUCUGGUGCUGUUGCUGAUGGUGCUAGUGCUGCUGCCAGUGCCGUUAUUGGUGCUGGUCCUGGUGCUGUUGAUGAUGGUGCUAGUGCUGCUGCCAGUGCCGUUAUUGGUGCUGGUCCUGGUGCUGUUGAUGAUGGUGCUAGUGCUGCUGCCAGUGCCGUUAUUGGUGCUGGUUCUGGUGCUGUUGCUGAAGGUGAUGGUGGUGGCGCUGUCGCUUCUCCUCUUCCCCCCCUCUCCCCACACCACCCGCCCCUUGCCACCUCACCGGCAAUGUUCACUGACGUCAUCACAGCCUGUGCCAGGUCAGCACAACCAAUCCCAGCGCUCCGUCUGCUCGACCGCCUCGACUCCCACCCUUCCCCUGCCCUGCAUGCUGACGUGGCAGCCUACACAGCUGCCAUCUCAGCGUGUGCGAGCGUCGGCCAAUGGGAGAACGCUAUCCGGCUGAUGAGUAGGAUGCAGCAGGAGCCAAUCGGGAAAGAGAUAGGGGCAGGUAUGGGGAGGGCAGCGGCAGCCUCUGCCGUGCCUCGGGCUUAUGAGGCUCGGCCAAGGCUGGAGGCUCGGGGAAAACUGGAGGUUAGUCGGAAGCCUGCAGUUCGGCCGAACGUGGUGACGUGGACGGCGGUGUUGUCAGCAUGCGCCAUGGCAGGGCGUGCUGACGUGGCAAUGGAGGUGCUGCAGAGGAUGAUGAGAGAAGGGAGGGGGGAGGAGGAUGAGGGGAAAGGGGAGGUUGAGAGGAUAUUACGUGGAGGAGGGAAAGAGAGUGGAGAGGAGGAAGGAAUGGAGAUGACAGGUGCCACCUCAGCAACUUGCUUGGAUGCCACGUCAGAUGCCACCUCAGAUUGCCGUCCCAAUGUGGUGACGUGGACGGCAGUUCUGACUGCAUGUGCGAGGGCAGGGGAGUGGCAGCAGGCGGAGGCACUGUUCACUCAGAUGCAGACAAACGGUGUGAUGCCGAACGAGGUCUCCUGGGCAGCACUGAUCAGCGCAUAUGCUAAGGGUGGGCAGUGGGAGAAGGCAGUAGGUGCUUUGAGACUCAUUGAAGGGGGAAGAAGUGGGAGGAAAGAGGAGAGAGGCAGUGGCGGUGGAAACCAAAAGGGAUUUGAAGGAGGGGAGAGUGAUGUAUCACCAUUAGCAGUAGCAGAGGCAGCAACAAAAGCAUCAGCGUCAUCAUCAUCAUCAGCAGCAGCAGCAGCAGCAACAGCAUCUAGCCCAUCAAACCCCCCUCAAUCAUUCCCCCUCCCAUCGGCCUGGAACGCUGCUCUGCACGCGUGUGCCAAGGCCGGCAAGUGGAAGCUGCUGGGAAGUCUCGUCCAGGAGAUGCAGGAGGCCAGGUGCCCCCCCUCUGUGGUGACCUAUGGCGUGCUGGUGGGGGGGUAUGGCAGAGCGGGGCAAGCCACACUAGCAAGAGGAGCUUUUGAGGCGAUGCUGAGUGCAGGGAUAAGGCCGAAUGCAGUCGUCUGUGCGUCAAUGGUGCGAGCAUAUGCCCGAGCCCGCCAGUUUGGGCAGGCCAUGAAAUUCUUCGAGGCGAUGCCCGGGAUGGGGGUGAUUCCCGACAAAUACACCUACACAGCGCUUCUCUGGGCUUGUGGCACGUGCGGGCAGUGGCGCCGGGCAGAAGAAAUUUUCGAGAGGAUGAAGCGGCAGGGCUGCGUACCCGAUGGGGUAACGUACAGAACGCUUAUAGAGAGUUAUGAGAUGAAUGGGGAGUGGGAUAAGUCUAUGGAGGUGCUCGAAGAUAUGAACUCGUUGUCCUCGAGAUUGUUACAGCGGGCACGGCAAGGGCAGCGGCAGUGAGUGGGCAUUGGUUUCGUUUUUUUAGGCAUGUGUAAUGUGCACGAAUGUCACUGGAACUGCAAGCCUUCCCUAUACGGGCACCCAAGGUAAUUAGCCCUUGAUAAAUUAGCACAUUUUCUCUGGAAAUUUUGAAGCAAAUACCAGAGAUUUAGAGGUCGGCUUUCAUGUAUUGAGUACUGUCAACUUAUACCUGUCUUGUAUGUAGAAGUUAUAGGCUAGCCUAGGUGUGUGCUUCUAGUGAGUACAACUCCAACAG